UUGGGAUCUCUCCUGAGUAUUAUGGGCCCAUUUUACUCUUUUCGACGUCUCUCGUGUUAUAGGGGCGGUGAAAGGGAAACGUGUAAAAUGGGCCCAUAAUACUCAGGAGAGAUCCCAAAGAGACAAUAAUAAAGAGAGUCCAAUAUGAAGUCUACUUUCUUUCAUUUUUUUAUUUUUUCAUCAAUAUACAAAUUCUCUUGCGUACUAGGAUACAAACCGAGCGCUUGGGUUACCUGUGAGAUUACGCGCAAGUGUUGUAGAAAAAAGAAUAAAACAUUAUGAAACAUACCAACAAUCGCUCCCAGAGGCCCACCUUACUCCAGACGAGGACAUAAUCAGAUACUCCGUGAUUAGAGAAUAACGAGAAAUCACCACCAAUAUCGUAUCUAUCUACAACAUCUUGUAGAGAAAUAGAUAUUUUUUUUGACAAAAAAAAAAUCAUGAAGGUGGUAUCUUUACCUGAAUGGCCUUCAAGUAAACAUGGCAAUCGGAAUAGACGACACCAGUGCAAGAUUACUAAAAACCGCUGCGCCUGCCUUUGCCAAGACUUACGCAAAGAUGAUUAAUUUAGGAAAAAAUACAAAUUACAGUACAUUAGUGUCAACCAAUCAGAAAGCAUGACUAAAAAUAACAAUUUUCCUAAAAAAAUACAUUCGAGACCACUAUCAUAAUAGAAAAAAACUAUUCAAGGGAAUGCGUUCUCAGAUUCUAUUCUCUUGUUCACUAAAAUAAUAAAUAGUCAAUUCUACCCAACGACAAGAAUUUACUUAUAAGAUGUUUGGCACUUCGCGUGCGUUAAAGUGUGAAUAAUUAAUUUUCUAAACUGAAAACCGAUUACUGUUGCUUGCGGUUCACACAAUAGUUCCAUCAACGCAUAUCUGUUGUCAUUGGAUAAAUGAUGUAAGACGAACGUAUUUAAUGAACAAGAAAUACAAACUAAGAAAAAACAAACGAGAACUUUUUAACCAAAUAAUGACCACAAGUUCUACGGGAUAGUUUUAUGAAGUAAGUAAAACACGAGUAAAACAAUUGAAGCGGGUUUUGCACAAAUAUUGUAAAAAUGCAUCGCCGAUUAUUGGGACCGCAAAGUUGGGGGGAGAAUUGCUUUGAAAACGAGAGAAAAGCAGCUGUCAGAAGCUGGGUGCAGCGAUUGAACCAUCAUUCCGACGCAAGAACCGAGAGAGAAAACCUUGAUAUUCUACCAUCUAUCAGACCUGCAACAGUUCCUAUAGGAUUUCGUAACGGCGACAUCCAUAAAGGCGGUAUAGAGGUAGGCGUAUCGUUACCAGCGAUAACUAAUUUGGCGUCAAUGGAAAAUAAAACCACAGAUAAGAAUCUUGGGGAAGGUUAUCUGUUUAAUCUAAAGCAUUCUGGCUUGUACCAAGAUGGGGAGAAUAGUGAUGAUAGUAUAAGUGUGAGCUCUGACACCUCGGUGAGGACUUGGCAAGAGUUGGUCGCGAGAGUGAUAGCAGACGAGAACAGCCCCUACUACAAGGAUGCCCUCGGCAGGUGUAAUAAGGAGGUGAUACAAGGGAAUUCUAGUUUCGCUGGACGGAGAACAGUAUACAGAGAAAUGUCAAGCAAGAAGGGAAAGAGCAAGAUGAAAAAUCAACGAUACACCAGAAACGCGUUCCAGCCCCAAGCUGGUUUUAAAGAUACUGAUGGCACCUAUGACCACUGCCCCAGAAUGCAAGAAGACACAUGGUGGGGGUACUCGGCAGACACACCAGGGAGGGAGGUGGCAGAAGCCCAUACCGUUAGGGGCAGAAGCAGGAAGGAGGGGGCGGCGAGGGAGACUGAGGGUAGUAGCGACGAGGAGAAGUGGGCUGAAAACCGACUUGUCACGAUCUACGAGGACAAGGGCAAACCAAACAGGAAAAUUCCUCUUACAUCUUACCGACGAAAAAGUGUUCUCUUUUCCAACAAGCAAGAGUUAGCGGACUUGGCAGAAGAGCUCUGUAAUUCCGCGAAAAGAUUUUCCGCGUUUCCAGAGAAAAUGUUAGAGUGGUUUACAUUCAAUUAUUACCGUCUUAUCGACGUCUUCAAACGAUUUGACACAGACAACAGCGGCAAACUUAGCUACGACGAGUUCUUUCUUGGAAUGCAAGACUUAGGGGCGCCGGUGACGAUGACCGAGGCCUACAUGUUGGCGAUGUCACUCGACGAAGAUAACGACGAGACGAUUGAUUACAACGAGGUCAGUAAGAUCAAGCGGACGCUGCGAAAUGGGGCCGUCGCUCGCAGGGUCUCCACAGACAAAGAAAAGGGUCAAGAGGGACUGGACUCUAGAGUCCAGUUACGACCGUGUCCAAACUGCGAGAUUGGGAUCUGGGAACCUGUUCUAAACGAGGCUCCAAGAUACAUUUGUCUGCACUUGACAAAUUUGGGACUACCAUAUAAGGACGCUUUCAUUGGUCAGUUCACCACCCACGUGAAGUCAGACAUAACCAUAUAUGGAAUAACACGGAUUGUGAAGAGCGAGUUAGGGGGGUCAGCGGUAGAUAUCCGGAUUUUGAGGAAAAAAGCUACGAAGAAAGAGCAGAGAGCGGAAACCGAAAUUCUCGACCAAGGGCUGAAGCUACGGGAUUGCGGGUACAGUGGCGGGACAUCCCGAGACAAACCACAACACGUGGAAUUGUUCUAUGAUUAUGAGUACCCUAAACUAGAUUGCCCGCUGCUACUCGCAAACUUUUACAAAUAACACACGAGGCUCGGUGGCUGCGAGAUGAGAGCUUGAAAGGGUUGUUGGGGAGGUGGUCCUGAAGGCAAGCCGAGGAUUGAUUUGUCCCAAACUAGGGAUGCGCCUGACGGACACAUGAGACAUGUAUCUAUGGCAAGCAAAUGACCAGAUUACGACACGUGACAAGUAAAUAACACGAGAAUGUCACGUGAUGGCCCGUAAAGGAGACAUUCAACAGAAGACCAAACUCCUAAAUCCUUUUUCAUUCAAUGUCUUUGUUGGUGAAUAGUACUACGCGCUGCCUGGGUUAUUCUACACCUGAUAUUUCGAAGAUUUUCACGCUGUGGUCCGCGCUACAGCUGGCGAAAUGCAAGCGACAGUCGUGCUUUGCGGGCUUCGGCCGCCAGCGCAACCGUUUCACAACAAGAGAGUGGUACCUGCGAAAUACAGGUUAAGGAAUAGUGUGGACAGAAGGAAGCAAACCCCCGCAUUUAAACAAAUAGGUUUUAACAAUUAGGUUCGUAGCCAGGAUUUGCAGCGAGGGUUUCCUCUCAUUUACUGGGUGUCGGUGAUGGCGAGGUCUUAGUAAGGCAAGAGUUGAUAAAGUGUCGGUGAUAGCGAGGUGUUAGUAAGGCAAGAGUUGAUAAAGUGUCGGUGAUAGCGAGGUGUCAGUAAAACAAGAUUUGAUAAAGUGUCGGUGAUAGCGAGGUGUCAUAAGGCAAGAGUUGAUAAAGUGUCGGUGAUAGCGAGGUGUCAUGAGGCAAGGGUUGAUAAAGUGUUUGUGUUAGCGAGGUGUCAUAAGGCAAUAGUUGAUAAAGUGUCGGUGAUAGCGAGGUGUCAUAAGGCAAGAGUUGAUAAAGUGUCGGUGAUGGCGAGGUGUUAGUAAGGCGAGAGUUGAUAAAGUGUCGGUGAUAGCGAGGUGUCAUAAGGCAAGAGUUGAUAAAGUGUCGGUGUUAGCGAGGUGUUAGUAAGGCGAGAGUUGAUAAAGUGUCGGUGAUAGCGAGGUGUCAUAAGGCAAGGUUUGAUAAAGUGUUUGUGUUAGCGAGGUGUUAGUAAGACAAGAGUUGAUAAAGUGUCGGUGAUAGCGAGGUGUCAUAAGGCAAGAGUUGAUAAAGUGUCGGUGAUAGCGAGGUGUCAUAAGGCAAGGUUUGAUAAAGUGUUUGUGUUAGCGAGGUGUUAGUAAGGCAAGAGUUGAUAAAGUGUCGGUGAUAGCGAGGUGUCAUAAGGCAAGAGUUGAUAAAGUGUUUGUGUUAGCGAGGUGUCAUAAGGCAAGGGUUGAUAAAGUGUUUGUGUUAGCGAGGUGUCAGUAAGGCAAGGGUUGAUAAAGUGUUUGUGUUAGCGAGGUGUCAUAAGGCAAGAGUUGAUAAAGUGUUUGUGUUAGCGAGGUGUCAUAAGGCAAGGGUUGAUAAAGUGUUUGUGUUAGCGAGGUGUCAUAAGGCAAGGGUUGAUAAAGUGCUUGUGUUAGCGAGGUGUCAUAAGGCAAGGGUUGAUAAAGUGUUUGUGUUAGCGAGGUGUCAUAAGGUAAGGGUUGAUAAAGUGUUUGUGUUAGCGAGGUGUCAUAAGGCAAGGGUUGAUAAAGUGUUUGUGUUAGCGAGGUGUCAUAAGGUAAGGGUUGAUAAAGUGUUUGUGUUAGCAAGGUGUCAUAAGGCAAGGUUUGAUAAAGUGUUUGUGUUAGCGAGGUGUUAGUAAGGCAAGAGUUGAUAAAGUGUCGGUGAUAGCGAGGUGUCAUAAGGCAAGAGUUGAUAAAGUGUUUGUGUUAGCGAGGUGUCAUAAGGCAAGGGUUGAUAAAGUGUUUGUGUUAGCGAGGUGUCAGUAAGGCAAGGGUUGAUAAAGUGUUUGUGUUAGCGAGGUGUCAUAAGGCAAGAGUUGAUGAAGUGUUUGUGUUAGCGAGGUGUCAUAAGGCAAGGGUUGAUAAAGUGUUUGUGUUAGCGAGGUGUCAUGAGGCAAGGGUUGAUAAAGUGUUUGUGUUAGCGAGGUGUCGUAAGGCAAGGGUUGACAAAGUGUUUGUGUUAGCGAGGUGUCAUGAGGCAAGGGUUAAUAAAGUGUUUGUGUUAGCAAGGUGUCAUAAGGUAAGGGUUGAUAAAGUGUUUGUGUUAGCGAGGUGUCGUGAGGCAAGGGUUGACAAAGUGUUGGUGUUAGCGAGGUGUCAGUAAGGCAAGGGUUGAUAAAGUGUUUGUGUUAGCGAGGUGUCAUAAGGCAAGGGUUAAUAAAGUGUUUGUGUUAGCGAGGUGUCAUGAGGCAAGAGUUGAUAAAGUGUUUGUGUUAGCGAGGUGUCAUGAGGCAGGGGUUGAUAAAGUGUUUGUGUUAGCGAGGUGUCAUGAGGCAAGGGUUGAUAAAGUGUUUGUGUUAGCGAGGUGUCAUGAGGCAAGGGUUGAUAAAGUGUUUGUGUUAGCGAGGUGUCGUAAGGCAAGGGUUGAUAAAGUGUUUGUGUUAGCGAGGUGUCAUAAGGCAAGGGUUGAUAAAGUGUUUGUGUUAGCGAGGUGUCAUAAGGUAAGGGUUGAUAAAUUGUUGGUAAUAGCGAGGUGUCAUAAGGCAAGGGUUGAUAAAGUGUUUGUGUUAGCGAGGUGUCAUAAGGCAAGGGUUAAUAAAGUGUUUGUGUUAGCGAGGUGUCAUGAGGUAAGGGUUGAUAAAGUGUUGGUAAUAGCGAGGUGCCCGUAAGGCAAGACAUGGCUGCAUACAGAGCUUGGUACACUGUUAACAAGAGUGUGCAUUUCAUUUGCUUUGUGAUUUGGAGAUCGUUAACGCAUUCGUUUUGUUUUCACGCCUGCUGUAAGAUCUAUGGAAAGCAUGGGAAGUAGAGAACGCAAUCACGCAUCACGCAUCAAUUUUCAAAAGGAUACUCAAUCGAUACUUCAGCUACCCAGUGCGCAGGCGCAGAUGAAAUAUCCGCUGACCAAGAGUACAGCAUGAUUCGGCCCGACUCUAAGCCGACCGCGGCCAAGUACCUAUUGAAAAAGAUACGGGUUUAGAGCUUGCAUGAAUGGAAUGGAAUGGAAUACAUGUUUUGAAAAGUGUAGAAUUAAAAAGAAAAAAAGGAAUUGCCUCCACAUUUAUAAUAAAGCAAGUAUUGCAAAUA